GCGAGCCCGAAGAAGCGAGUUUUGCGGCCACAGCGGGUGCAAGCAGCCCCUGCUGGUGGGCUUUUGGGCCACGGCACCGGCGCAAGACAAGGGCUUCAUAUUCACGUUGGCAUCUGGGACCUCGGCGCAGCGGAGCUUCUCUCUGAGUCUUUCCCGGCGGAGCUGACUGCAACUGGCCUGAUGUGGACGUGUGAAGAUCCCCAAUCGCCCUUGCUACGUGGUCACAAGGCGCGCUGGGAAAGGUACGUGGCGCAAGAAGGCUUGAAUGACACCCGAUUGCGGGAAGAGUUCUUCGUUGUUUGCAAGGUUGGCGGACCGCCGCUUUACAGCAAGUGCAUGACUUGCGCUGGGGACUGCGCCCAAGGUUUAACAUUGCUGGAAAUUUACAUGUUAUGGGCAAGUCAGCAAACUGACCUCGUCGGCUUGCCGGCCUCCAUGACCUACCACAAUGCUUCCAGCGUCGAUUUGACCGAGUGGUUGGCUGAGGCGCAAUUUGCGCAUUCUACCGUUGGUGAGAAACAUCAUCCUGCGCUGCAGUUGCACAACAUUGUCCUUCCGGAUUUUCGCCGCCCCAUCUUGGAGGUUCACCAGGACCACGACAAAUUGCAAGUUGUUUUGGCUGGAAACUUGUGGAGACGCAGGAAUUUGUUGGGCGGCUUCCAGUGUGGCUACCGACACCGUGUUACCAAACAAGAGUGCGAAAAAGGCACCGAGGCCGAGUUUGUGCGCUUCACCGAGGCCUUUCCAAAGGAAGAGCUCCUGACAUGGCUGGAAAAGAUACCCCAGACAAUCUUUUGGUUAGAGGGGCCGACGACCAUGGCAGACCUCGCAGUUUGGUCGGGCACGCCACAGCUUGCUGAGAGGUUCCCACUCCUGGUACCCGGACGUGGUUGUGUGAAGUAUGGGAAUUGA